CGGGUAUAUCGACCACAUUCCUUUAUCAAAAAACAAAAUGCUCGCCUGUCCAAAAUGCACCAUCGAGAACCCUCUCGAUGUGACGCACUGCGUGUGCUGUAAUGCGACGCUGCCGCCCGACGCUCGCAUCCGCAAGCUUUUACAUCAAGUGCAUUCGCUCACAUUAGAGCUGCACGACGCGCGUGCCACCCUCGCGUCUCUGGCGCCGCGUCUGGAUCCGCCGGCCGCACCACCAGCGCCUCGAGCGCCGCCAACGACCGUAGUCAAUUUGAACGCGCAGAGCCUGCGGCGCAUGGGCUACCGUAGCCUGGACGCGUGGCUGGCCGCGUCGCCAUACCACAAGUAUGUGGGCCGUGGCAUGGCAGCACGCAACGGCAAGCCCACCAUCGCAGGCAGUCUCUGGGGCAAUCCAUUCAAGAUUGGCCGCGACGGUACCCGAGACGAAGUCGUCCGACAGUACCGGGACCAUAUAAGAGACAAGAUCGCGCGCGGCGACGUCGACUUGAGCGAUGUGCGCGGCAAGGUGCUUGGGUGCUGGUGCAAGCCAGAAGGUUGCCACGGUGACGUCCUCGCCGAGCUAGCCGAUGCGUCGAAUGAAUGAAAUGCACCUUGUCUUCUUUGAGAAUAGACCGUUUCCUAGUAUAGAAUAAAGUUGUCUACAAAAGGCCGAGCGAGCGCAG